UAGAGCGGACAACGAUGUUACUACCGUGCAAUAAACUAAGGCUAAAGUUGUGUUCAAAUGCAUUUCUGUUUUUUCGUUGAAGGUUGAUGCAGCUAUUAUACGUAUAAUGAGGACAAGGAAAGUGCUAAGCCACGCUUCUGAGAACCUUUUGGUCUUUGAUACUGAAAUUGAAGCAACUAGUAGUCAAUUUGUGAGGGUGAAGCAUUCCAUCUCCAUGCAGGACUUGAAGAAUGCAAAACCAAUAGUUGAUUGGAUAGCAUUGCAGAACCACAAUAUGAUUUCAACCUUAUUAUUGAUGAGUGGUAAUAGAAUUGGACUUUAAUCAUGAUGCAGAAAACACAAGAACUGUCUCAAAGAACCUAAAUUACAAAGGAAAGUGGGAUAAUGCAGCCCCCAGGGACACUGUGGAUGUCUUGAUCCAGAAGUGAUUCAGGGGGAUAAUGUGGCACUUUUGUCUGCUUUUGCUGAAAUGGACUUGGGUUGCUGGGGACCUUCCUGAGCAGGCUAUGGGUGUAAAAAAUGUAGUCUUCCGUGCUUCUACACCAGCAAGGCUAUCCCUUGGACACUGGUAUUUAUGCGGGUUCUAAAUCUUUCUCGGGGUCUCCAGUACCAUUUGCCUUGGCAAUAAAAACAUCUUUUCCCUAUUUAAUUUGGCAAUACAAAAAUAUCUCUUCCCUAUUUUAUUUGUUUAUAAAUACCUUAUGCUUUACAGGUCUUUCAUCAAUAAUGGAUGCUCGCAAUGUGUAUAUGAUGUUGCCUUUUGCGGAAUCUGUUCUUCAAGGGGCAGCAACAUAUGCAGAGUGGAUCUAUGACACACCUGUUCUCUCUGAUGUCGAAGCCAAACCGAGGCAGCUCCUCAUUAAGCUAAGGCAUGGUGGUAAUAUACUUGGUACUGAUGAGUAAAACUCUGGGUAUUUAGUCGCUAAAACCAUAGCUGGGAAUUGCAAAACCUGAUUAGGCAUGUGCCUCCAAAGAUGGGAAAGCUGUUAACUUAUUAUAGAUACUGCUGCUGGCAUGCUUGGGAAGUAAGAUCCUCCUGUUCAGCUGGGGUGCAUUCACUCAUUGAUAGCGGAAAGCUUAAGCUCGGAGAAAUUGUUGCAAUAAUUUGGCCAGUGUUCGGAGCAAAUGGAAAAGACAACAUAAAGGUUCAUCAUGUGCUCAACCACACCUCUGGUCUGCACAAUGCAUUAGCUAACAUUAUGUCAGAAAAUCCUCCAUUACUGUGCGGAAGGGACGGAUGUUUUUAUCCUUUGAUUCGGCUUUGCGGUGGGUUUAUCGAGCAUGCAUCUUGGAUAAAAUUACAUGAUGUUUUGGAAGAAAAGCUCAUACAUCCACUCAACAUUGAAGGUGUGGAAUCCCGACUAGCAACACUGACGCUUGAUAUGGAAGAUCUCAAAUGCCUGUCAAAUAUCGGCAAUAGACCUGACUUACCGUCAAGUUUCCAGCCAGAGCACCCGUCUCAGCUAGUGACAGUUCUUCCAACUAGAGUGUUACCCCCUUAUUCUGCAACUCUUGCGGGUGGUGGCGUGGUAUUCACUAGGUAGUCAUCCGCAUAUACCAAAUUCCCUACAGCAAAAGGUGAAAAAGGAAGUGACCCGAAUUAGAGACAUAUUGUUUUUAAAAGCCUGACUUAGAGAACAGAUCAAACCCAGUUGCACUAAUGACAGUACUGGUAGCAGUUGUCAAAGCAGUGAGACUUCCGAAGAUAAUCUUGAAACUACGAUUAAAGUGGACAGAAUGUUCAGUAACCCAAAAGUUCUCGAUGCAUUCUCAGGUGUGGUAGAGAUUACAGGAAUGUGGUUGUACCCAAUAGGAAGUUCGAUUGCGGCUUAGAAGGUUCAAUUCAACAGAUGGAUCCAUCAUCAGUUUUGGUGGAUUUACAGUUCAGAAUAAGGUUGUUCAGAUGGAUCGCUGGAGUUCUCGCGCAAUGUUAGGGGUAUUAAUUAACAGUAGCAACAGGUGAUAUCUUUUUACAUCAUCACCGGAAGGUCGAUUGA